UGAAUCAACUUGAAUCAAGGCCCAUUCAACAAUCAGUCCCUGUUGAGCUGCGCCGCGUUUCAGAUGUGUCGUUGUAGUUUCUUAAUAAAUUAAUGCGAUAAUUACAAACAUUGAACAUGGCAACAAAACCAGAAGAUUCAAAGAAGUAUAUAGAACAAUUGAGAGAAUGGGUCAAUCGACAACCUCAUCUUCCGAAAGAUUUAAGUGAUGUUUUUCUCCUUCGUUUUGCACACAGUUGUUUCUAUGACGUUGAAAAAGCGAAAAAGGCAAUGGAAAUUUUCUUCUCUAUAAGAGGAAAUAGUCCCGAUUUGCUGAACAACAGAGAUCCCGAGUCACCGCAUAUACAGAAAAUUUUAAAUGUAAUUAACAUCGGCCUCUACCGCAGUGCGACGAGCAAUAGAUGGCUUUGGUUUUGGCAAAUAAACGAUCCCGGCUUAGAGCAGUACGAAUAUCUUCUCGACGUGAAACUCUUCUUCUUGAGCACGGACGCUCACUUUCUUGACCAGGAAGUCCUAUCUGAUGAGGACAUAGUUGUCAUGGACGUAAAGGAUAUUACACUAAAAUUUCUAACGAAAAUAAAUUUGUCUAUACAGAGAAGAUUGUCAAAGUAUCAGCAGGAGGGAAUGCCAAUCAGACUGAAGCAGAUACACGUUAUAAAUGCUCCACCGUUCAUAGACAAGAUAUACGGUGCUCUAAAACCGUUCGUCAAGAAGGAGAUCACCGAAAUGAUUUAUUUCCAUCCACCAAAGUCCGACUCAAUAUACAAGCACCUCAGCAAGGAAGACUUACCGGCAGACUACGGCGGCACAAGACCAUUUUUAGCGGAAUAUAACAAAGAGAUAAUGGAACUCCUCAUAAAGCACAGGGAAACGCUAAUAAGGGAAGAUUUCUGGCGGCCGAGUAAAGGCAAUUCGUCCACAGAAGUUGGUUCAUUCCGCACACUCGCUAUUGACUAGCCUUUUUUAGACCAACAGAAAUGAAAUAGACAAUAUUUUUCCAAUAUUUUUAAAAUUAAAUUGUUAUACGUUUUAAGCAAAUUACAAUAAAUAAAAAUA